CGAGCAUCGACAACAUGGCUGACCACCCGCCCGCACCGCCCGCUCCGCCCCCAGCGCCGUCUGCAGACGCCCCCGACGGAGCACCGAAGAUCUCCAAGCGCGCCGCCGAAAAAGAGGCCAAGAAAGCCGCUGCCAAAGCCGCCAAAGCAGCUUCCAAAUCUGCUCCUCAAGCGGCACCAGCAGCAGCAGCAGGAGGAGGAGCGGACUCCAGCAAGAAAUCUUCUCAAGCAGACCCCGUAGAUCCCUUCAAGACCGGCUGGCUCAAGGGAGUCUAUUCCGAGAAGCCUGUUGCUCCCGCCCAAGUCCAGACUCGAUUCCCCCCCGAACCCAAUGGCUACCUGCACAUCGGCCAUGCGAAGGCUAUCACCGUCAACUUUGGUUUCGCCAAGUCAUAUGGCGGCAAAUGCAAUCUCCGCUUCGACGACACCAACCCUGCCAAAGAAGAAGAGCAGUUCUUCACUAGUAUCAAGGAUAUGGUGAGCUGGCUGGGCUUCGAGCCUGCACGUGUCACCUACAGCAGCGAUGACUUUGAUCGGCUCUAUGAACUGGCCGAGGAAUUGAUCAAGAAGAGCAAGGCAUACGUAUGUUUCUGUUCGGCAGCUGCGAUCCAGGCGGGUCGAGGAGGGAAAGAGCACGGUCCGAGAUCAGUCUGCGAGCAUUGGAGCAAAAGCGUGGACGCCAACCUAGCAGAGUUCAGAGGAAUGCGGGAUGGCAAGUACGAGGCGGGCGAGGCUCUCCUACGAAUGAAGCAGUUCUUGGGCACGAAGCCGGAGGAGUACGAGGUGGCAGAAGAGGACAGCGCGGAGGUGAAGAGGGAAAAGGACAAGCUGAGAAGACUGGCAAACAAUCCUGCGCUGUGGGACUGUGCGGCAUAUCGCAUCAAGAAGGACAACUACCACCAUCGGACCGGUCUGAAGUGGCGAAUCUAUCCCACCUACGAGUUCACACACUGCUUGUGCGACUCAUUCGAGGGCAUCACACACAGUCUGUGUACGGUCGAAUUCGAGACGCUGCGACCUGCCUACGACUGGCUUCUGGAGGCCCUCAAUCACAAGCUGCCGGGCUCGGACGAAAAGGGUCCCAUGCAGCGCGAAUAUGGCAGAUUGAACGUCGAGGGCACCAUCCUAUCCAAGCGUAGGAUCGCCAUGCUUGUCAACGGGACCACUGUCGGGCAAGAUUCCGACCCCGUGGACGAAGCCGCAGACGCUAUUGAUCAGAUGAACUUGGAGGAGGAGGGCGACGAAGAGCCAAUGACUACCACUGAAGUCAGCAAAGCUGUCACCAGUGGCACUGGCCGCAAGAUUCCACCUGUCGUCCGCGAUUGGAAUGAUCCACGCCUGUUCACACUUGUCGCACUCCGACGCAGAGGUGUGCCACCCGGUGCUCUCAAAAAGUUCGUCUUUGAUCUUGGCGUCACCAAAGCCAACGCAAACACCAUGACCCAUACCCUAGAUGCCACGAUGCGUACAUAUCUCGAGCGAACAGUCCCUCGUCUCAUGCUCGUCCUCGAUCCGAUUAAAGUCACAUUCACAAAUCUGCCGGACGAUUACGCCGAGUCUUGCGUUGUGCCCUUUGACCCCAAAGACAAGGAAAAGGGCGACCAUACCGUCCCCUUCACCAAAACCAUAUACAUUGACCGCGACGACUUCCGUGAAGAAGAUGACCCAGACUUCUUCCGCCUUUCCCCCGGUCAGAGCGUCGGUCUGCUCCACGUCCAACACCCGAUCAAAGUCAUCUCUCUUUCCAAGAACGCCGAGGGCAAGGUCGACGAGAUCAAGGCAGAGUACGGCAAAGAUGUCCCACUUGGCAAGGCCCGCAUCCACUGGGUUGGCGAAUCCAAGUCUGAAAACUCCCCCAUCAAAGUCGAGUGCCGCGUCUUCAACUCUCUUUUCAAGACCACCAAGCCCAAUGAACUCGACUGGAAGAGUGGUGGGUACUACGACGACGUCAAUCCCGAAUCCGAAGUCAUCUACAAGAAUGCUCUGGUCGAAGUGGGAUUCCGCGAGAUUCAGCAGAGAGCUCCCUGGCCGAAAACAGAGGGCGAGACGAGUGGCAAUGCUGAUAAGUCGAGUGUCCGUUUCCAGGGCCUGCGGACUGCUUUCUUUGCUGAAGAUCAAGACUCGACCCCGGAGCACAUUGUGCUCAAUCGGAUCGUGAGCCUCAAGGAAGACACUUCGAAGAAGGACGUUGGCGCUACUGGAGAGAAGAAGGCAGCAGCUGGCGGGAAUAAGGGGAAUAAGAAGGCUCCUGCUGCUGCCAAGUGAGUGCAAAGCCAAAGCUGAUUUCGAUGACUGUGCCGGUAUGUCGUUAGCGAGGAGUUGGCUGCAAGGUUGGUGUUUUUUAGCACUUCUUAUCUAACGGGUUUCCGCGUCUUCCGGACGCGUCGUUUGUCGCCUUGACCUCUUCGUUGAAGUUGUCGUUACUGUCACUUCCCUUACCACGAUGCUACCUAUCCAAGUGCAUAUGAGGAGUUACGAAUGAUGACAGCCACGAGCGCAGCAGCUUGUGAGCAAACAGGUGUGGCUGAAAGCGAGUCUUUGCGAGGUAACACGAGCUUUCAAUACUGUACCUUCAAGCAUGUGGUCAGUGGUCUGAGACUCUGAGUAGUGGUGUCUGGAGACUGGUGCUGUUGUUGCUGCCCGGGGGAGCGGCAGAGGGCGGAGUCUGGGCCGGAUGAUAACGACAACCUCGACAAGUCACAGGGUGACAUGGAUUCAUGGAAGACCACCUUGUCUCGGCCCCGCGGGCAUUGCGGAGUGCUCAAAGACAGAAAGCUUAUCGACUGGGGCAAUGCUUCAUCCCCACUGAAGGAUGCACAUGGAAUCAUGGAUGUUCCCCCCUCCCCCAUGCAUGUAUGUGACAGUGUCUGUCCCCUUUGGGAAUCUUGGUCAAGGAUGGAUAUUGAUCAAGGAUAGAACUGUAUAUUCCAACAAUCAACCGAAUUGGACCGACGGGGAGGUCUACAGUUAUAAAUUUAUUGUCACCAGUUCCCUCUCUGGCUCUCACCACCGCGUAGUUUUCUAUUUUCCCCCUUCUCCUCUCCUGACUUGCUACCAACCCUUCUCAGCCAGCGAUACAGACCACUAACAAAAAGAACAAUACCUGAAC